GGAGAUUUAUGGAGAAAAAGAAUCGUAAAAGCGUGAGUCCCCUGUUGCCUGUUUUGUGUUUAAUUGUUUUAUUUAAAACAUAAUAUAACUUGAAGGUGUGAAUAUGGCUGAUCCAUCGAGGGGACGCGGGAGGGGCUUGGCCCUUCUCCAAGCCCUAAAGAAAUCUCAAGCAAUGGAGUCUUCUGAUGAGGCGUCUCCUGAUUCUACCCCAGGGCCCAGUACCGCACCUAGCGUGGCUACGAGUGCGGAACCUCAAAGCUUGGUCUCUGGUACAUCUUCAAUGUUGUCGGGAGCUACCUCCAUCGGUGGCAGGGGCAAGAUAGCUGCCAUGCUGCUUGCGAAGGCCCAGCAAAAACCAGGAGGGCCUGUGUUUUCACCUGCCAGUGAUGUUAGCCCGUCGCUUCCUAAAAGUGCCGGUCGGGGAUUGAAGCUGCUACAAUCUUUGCAAGCUUCGAAAGCGGCCGGCGAUGCUGCAAAGGCUGUGGAGCACGUUACAGAGAAGAUGGCUGAAGCAAGCGUGUCUGUCUCUAAGCCACCUGGUGACGAUCGUAGGAAAAAAGCAUUCAGAGAAGUAAGUGAUGCGCCUCCGGUAGUAAGGACUGGCACGAGCGGCACACCUGUAGAGGUGACUGCUAACUUCAUAUACUUGAAUGUCGAAGAGAACAAUGCGUAUGAAUACGAAGUACGGUAUGACCCUGAGCAGGACUUUAAGAACUUGCGGUUCAAACUUCUUAGUGAACACCGUCAGUAUUUUAAAGACAAAUCUUUUGACGGCACCACUCUGUAUGUGCCUCAUAAGCUGCCCGAAGAAGCUCUGAAUUUGGUCUCAACAAACCCCUUUGAUAACAGCAAAGUGAAAAUAACUAUAAUAUUUCGUAGAACCCGACGUUUGAGUGAAAUGAUUCAUAUGUACAAUGUUAUAUUCAAAUCUAUCAUGAAGGACUUGCAACUAGUGAGAAUUGGUCGCAAUCAUUUCAAUGAGAAAGCUGGCAUACCCAUCCCGCAGCACAGACUGGAAGUUUGGCCUGGUUACGUGACAGCGGUCGACGAAUACCAAGGAGGAUUGAUGUUGACACUGGACUCCACCCACAAAGUGUUACGAACACAGUCAGUGCUGUCAUUUAUCAAAGAGACGGUUCAAGCCGAAGGAGCUGGUUGGAAGAAAGCUAUGGCGGAACGUCUAGUUGGCUGUUCCGUUAUGACUACUUAUAAUAAAAAAAUGUUCAGAGUAGACAGUAUUGACGACACAAAGUCACCAAGAUCGACAUUUGAGAAGGAAGAAAAUGGUAAAAAAGUGCAGGUCUCCUACAUUAACUAUUAUAAAGAUAACUAUGGUAUUGAAAUAAAGGAUUAUGAUCAGCCACUGCUCAUAUCCAGGGACUCAAAACUCAUGUCGGGCUCUGAGAAAAAGAUAGACUUCAUGAUUUGUUUGGUACCUGAGCUGUGCCAAUUGACUGGUCUCACUGAUGAUCAGAGGAGUAACUUCAAACUGAUGAAAGACGUCGCCGCACAUACUAAGAUAACGCCUAAUCAACGUCAUGCUGCCUUUAAAAAGUAUAUAGAAGCAGUAAUGAACAAUGAAACGGCAAGAAGUCGUCUAGCGGGUUGGGGCCUUAGCAUAGCACCUGAAACUAUCAACCUCACAGCCCGUACAUUGCAACCGGAAACGUUAUACUUUGGUAACAACGUCAAAGUGCCGGGCAAACCUAAUGCAGAGUGGAACGCUGAGGUGACAAGGAACCAUGUCAUUCAGGCAAUUGAUAUUGUCAAAUGGGUGGUGUUAUAUACCGACAGAGACAAACAAGUGGCUAGGGAUUUCUUAGAAACCAUGAAGCGUUCGUGCCGUCCGAUGGGCAUCAACGUGGCUGAACCAGAAAUGAUUCGCUUGCCAAACGACCGAACAGACUCUUACGUACUAACUCUGAAGAAAGUCAUCACAUCGGACUUGCAGAUUGUGGUGGCGAUAUGCCCAUCGGCCAGGGAUGACCGCUAUGGGGCUAUUAAGAAGAUUUGCUGUGCAGAUAACCCUAUUCCAUCACAGGUAAUAAACGCUCGUACGUUAAUGAAUCAGAACAAAAUACGGUCAAUUACUCAGAAGAUUCUCUUACAAAUGAAUUGUAAGAUUGGCGGUACGCUGUGGAAUAUCAAUAUACCUUUCAAGUCCGCCAUGGUGAUAGGCAUCGAUUCACAUCAUGAUGCUUCUAGAAAGAAGCAGAGUGUUUGCGCCUUCGUAGCAUCAUACAACCAGGCGUUGACGCACUGGUACUCAAGGGUAGUAUUUCAGUCUAAAGGUCAGGAAGUAGUGGACAGCCUCAAGGAAUGUUUUGUCGACUCUCUGAAGCACUACAUCAAAGUCAAUUCGCAAUUGCCUGAGAGAAUCAUUAUAUACAGGGAUGGUGUAGGCGACGGUGAAUUUAAAGUGAUCCAAAAAUUCGAAAUACCACAGAUGGAGAUUUGUUUAUCGUUGUUCGAGGGUGAAUACAAACCUCGGCUUACUUACAUAGUGGUACAGAAACGUAUAAACACUAGAAUAUUUAUGAAGUGCGGUAGUGGCUUGGAAAACCCGAAUCCUGGUACUAUUGUGGAUCACGGCGUAACUAGACGCGAUUGGUACGAUUUCCUAAUAGUAUCCCAGAAGGUGAACCAAGGUACAGUAACACCUACCCACUACGUAGUUCUCCACGACUCUAGUGAUAUGACACCGGAUCAGUGCCAAAGAAUCACGUAUAAAAUGUGCCAUCUGUACUACAAUUGGCCUGGCACCGUCCGAGUCCCGGCUCCUUGCCAAUACGCUCACAAACUAGCGUACCUAGUAGGCAACAGUAUACACCAAACGCCGUCUCCGACUUUACAAGACAAAUUGUUCUUCUUGUAAUGUUUAGACUCAUAAUUUAGUACUGUAUAGUACAUUUUUUUUAGUUUCUAUUUUUUUUAUGAUAGUUUUUUAAGUUGAUUGUAAUUGAGCAAAGCUAAGACACACAUUCACUUGAAUUAAAUCUAUUGCU